AUGUCCACUACAGCCUCCCAACAACCAGACAUUGACGAGUCUAUUCAGGACAUUCAAUCUGGUAGCAAGGAAAACAACCCACAUUCAGACGGUAUCUGGGUAUUUGGCUAUGGCUCUUUGAUAUGGAAGCCACCAAUUCAUUACGAACAAAAGCAGAUUGGAUACAUCAAGAACUAUGUAAGAAGGUUCUGGCAGCACAGUGAAGACCAUAGAGGUACCCCUGAAAAGCCAGGUCGAGUAGUGACAUUGAUUCCCUAUAAUGAAUGGAAAACAAUCGAGAGUGUGGAAGGACAUGAUAAGGUGACAUGGGGUGUUGCAUUCAAGAUUCCUUCAGAUGAUGUGGAAGCCACAAGAGCGUAUUUAGACCAUAGAGAGAAGAAUGGCUAUACCGUGCAUACGGUGGAUGUCUUUAGCUUGGAGGACGAUGAAACACCUGCUGUUAGAAAUGCGUUGGUGUACAUUGGAACCACGGAUAACGAAGCCUAUGUAGGGCCUGCGCCAGCUGACAAGAUUGCUCAACAAAUUCACGAUUCUUAUGGUCCAUCCGGCUGGAAUGCAGAAUACCUAUUGAAUCUGGCAGAUGCGCUUCGGGAGAUCAGCCCUGGUGUCAAGGACGACCAUGUAUUUGAAUUAGAGAGACGGGUCAAGAAGAUUAUAGACGAUAGCAGUAAGCAAUAA